AUGGCCUCUCGUUCGCGCGUCUUCCUGGAUGUGAGCAUUGGGGAGGAACCCGCCGGCAGAUUGAACAUCGAACUUUUCAACGACAAGACCCCCAAGACCUGCGAAAACUUCCGACAACUGUGCACCGGCGAACACAAUGGCAUGUCUUACGCCAAGGUGCCCUUCCACCGGGUCAUCGACGAGUUCAUGAUCCAGGGCGGCGAUGUUGCCGAAGGAGACGGGACCGGCACGGCGAGCAUCUACAAUGGCGAAUUCGAAGAUGAAAACCUCAACUGGAGGGAGAUGGACGCCGCAGGUUUGGUAUGCUCAGCCAACCGCGGCAAGGAUACGAAUGGCUCGCAAUUCUUCAUCACCUUGGACCCCUGUCCACACCUGAACGGCAAGCACACCAUUUUCGGACGAAUCGUCUCGGGCGAAGACACGCUGUCACGGACCGCAAAGGUCCCCGUAGACAAGAACGACCGACCCCUGCAGCCUGUCCUUGUGUCACGGUGCGGUGAAUUGGAGAGGAAGAAGAAGCAGCGCGACUCCAAACACGAAGAUGGCGUUCCCAAAAAGAGCAGUACUGAUAGAGGUCGGAGGCGAAAAAGUGAUCAAGAUCCGUCCAGCGACGAAAUGGAUGCCAGUCCACCACCGGAGAGGCGAAGGAAGAGGAGGCAGAGCGAUAAUGUGGUCGAUGAAGGCAUAAGAGGCAGACCCAGAUUGCGCUCGCUAUCGAGGUCGCCUUCCAACCCCAUCAUGGAGGAGGAUGACCAGGAAGUAUCCCCGGCUGAAUUGCACAAGCGGAAGCGAAGUCCAUCUCCAAGCCGGCACAAGGAUCGACGGGAUGAAAAUGCUACGUACGAGCGACGGCGGCGGAGUCUUCCCAACCAAUAUAACGAGCAACGAGACCGAAGGUAUGCCGAUGAGGACAGGUAUCGCCCCAGCCCCAGGCGAGAGGACCAUGGAUACGCGGGUCAUAGAAGAGAAGAUGAUCGCUACCGCCCAUCGAAGAAUCGCUUUCACGACGAAGGGAGGCUGGAUAACGCCGGUCGGCUGAGCGGUUCGGGAAGCGGAGACCAUGCACCCGUGAAAUACAAAGGCAGGGGAGCGAUGCGGUAUUGA